GUUUAACAAAGAAAAAAAGAAAACGGAAAAAGAAAUUUCGGAGAAUAUUACCAUUACACCACCGCAUAAAAUCGCACCGCUUUCUUUCCUUUCUCUCUCCGACAAUCGAAUUCUAGAGCGAGAAACGCCAGACAAACGCGAAAAAGAAAAAAGAAAAAAGAGAAAAGAAAAGGAAGAAGUGUUUGUAGAGAGAGAAAGUCGGACCUGAUUAUCAAAACAACAACAAAAAAAAAGUCGGACCUGCUUCUUUCCAUUUGGUCUCGAGACUUUCUUCAACAAUGGCGGGUUUUAGGGUUUCUAGGGGUUUGUGACUGGCGAAUUCGGCGGCAAUCUCGAUGGAAAUGCCCGGUAGGAGAUCGAACUACUCGCUCCUCAGCCAAUUCGACGAUGACCAGUACGGCGGCGGCGGCGGCGGAGGUGUCGCCGGAGGUUCGUUCUACGAGACUGUGUCGGGGGAGGGGAAGAGCAACAACAACAAAGGGAAGGUGGAGAGAGGAUUUGACUGGGAAUCGCCGGGAGGCGAUCACAGAGGGAAUAACAACAAUAACAAUAAUAAUCAGCAGGUGAAUCGGAUCGGGAAUAUGUUCUCGUCGUCGUCGUCGACGAUCGGGUUGCAGAGGCAGUCGAGCGGGAGUAGCUACGGCGAGAGCUCGCUCUCCGGUGAGUAUUACGGGCCGACUCUGUCGGCCUCGGCGGCCAACGAGAUCGACGCGCUCGGGUACUUGCAUGACGAUGUGUUCAAGAUUGGCGGCGGCGGCGGCGGCGGAGGAGGAGUAGGAGGGCAGUACAGGUUGAAGGGCGUGGACGGAGGCGGCGGGACCGGGGGAUCGUCGUGGUCGGGGAAGAGCUGGGCGCAGCAGACGGAGGAGAGUUACCAAUUACAGCUGGCUUUGGCGCUCCGGUUGUCGUCCGAUGCGACUUGCGCAGAUGAUCCCCAUUUCUUGGAUCCGGUGCCCGACGAAUCCUCCAUAAGGACGGCGUCGUCGAAUUCGGCCGAGGCCGUCUCGCAUCGGUUUUGGGUGAAUGGCUGCCUCUCGUACUUUGACAAAGUUCCUGAUGGCUUUUACCUAAUUCAUGGAAUGGAUCCAUAUGUAUGGACUAUGUGCACUGAUCUGCAAGAGAAUGGUCGUAUACCAUCACUUGAAUUGCUCAAGUCCGUUGACUCUAGCAUUGGCUCUUCAAUUGAAGCAGUUCUUGUUGAUAGACGUAGUGACCCCGGUUUGAAGGAACUGCACAAUAGAGUCCUAAGCAUUUCUUGUAGCUGUAUAACAACCAAAGAAGUUGUAGAUCAGCUUGCAAAGCUUGUAUGCAGUCGCAUGGG